AUGGCACACAAAGGAGAGCUUCCCAAAUACCAGAGACUCAUCACUGGUCACAACGACGAUGGCAAGGCUAUUUUCGCAGAGAUUGAGGAGACUGCCCCUUGGACUACGGUUCAAGGUGGUUCCGUUGGCUUCUCCCUUGGCUACACAACUUCAACCACGCCAGUUGACAUGACCGACGACAAGGAUAUCGCAAGUUACAAGGAGCACUUGGUAACACCACCUGGUCUUGUCAACAAGCAGGGAUCGGUUCUUCGUUUUGUGGAUUGCCCUCCUGGCUCAACAUCACCUAUGCACCGCACUGUUUCGCUCGACUACGGUGUUGUUCUCUUCGGAGAGAUGGAGCUGGUCCUCGACAGCGGCGAGACUAGAGUCAUGAAAGUUGGAGAUGUUGCAGUACAAAGAGGAACCAACCAUGCAUGGAGAAACACAAGCGACACCGAGUGGGCGCGUAUGAUGUACGUCUUGCAGCCUUCGCUUCCCAUUGAGAUCAACGGAAAGCCAUUGGACGAGGAUCUCGGUGUUAUGGAGGGUGUUCCCAAGUCGUCUUGA